AUGGCGCUGCGCCGCGGUCCCAGCCCCGCGCUGGUCCUGCUGCUGCUGCUGCUGGCGGCGGCGUCUUGUGUGGCGGCGCCGCGGCAGAAGCGCAUCGUGGGAGGCAGUCCGGCCGCCAUCGCCGACUUCCCGUGGCAGCUGUCGCUGCAGUACGACGGGUCGCACACCUGCGGCGCGGCCGUCAUCGGCGGCGAGUGGGCGCUGACGGCCAAGUCGUGCGUGGGCACCGACCACCUGGAGCACCUGCAGCUGCGCGCCGGCAGCGCCGCGCGCUCCAGCGGCGGGUCGCUGCACAACGUGACGCAGGCGGUGCGCCACUACCUGGCGCUGCCCACCGCCAUGGACUACGACUUCGCGCUGCUCAAGGUCAGCCCUGCGUUCAACCUGGACGAUCCGAACGUGAAGGCAGCAGCGCUCCCCGAGGAAGGCUCUGACCCUCUGGCGGGGACUGCAGUGGUCGCCACAGGGUGGGGCCGCAACGGGACCUCCGUGGAGCUGCCGGAGACGCUGGAGCAGGUGAGCAGCGCGGUGCUGGAGCGCGCCGACUGCCAGGAGCAGCUGGGCACCUGGUACGUCACCGAGCACAUGGUGUGCGCCGGCGCCAGCGACCGGGGGCUCGUCUGCUGGGGCGACACCGGCGGGCCCCUCGUCAGCGGCACCACCCUCGUGGGCGUCGUGCCCACCACCGGCGUCUCCUGCGACGAGCAGCCCUCCGUCUUCUGCAGGGUCUCCGACGUCCGCUCCUGGAUCACCAACAACACCGGCAUCUGAGCCAGCUGUGCGGUCCUGCGUCGCACCACCUGACUACGUGGCGGAUCUGUCUUUUAUGGAGCGUUAAAUUCUUAUCUUCCUUUCCUUCUUUCCCGCUCUGGAAACUAUUUAAAUAGUGAUCGAUUUGUUACGUUAUUCAGUACGAAAAUCUAAUUUUUAUUUACUUCAUUCUUCAGUUGUGAAAUAUUGUACACGAGUGUCUCAAAUAAAAGGAUUAGGUGCAUCAUA